AUGGCUAUAUUUGCGUUUUUUUUUACUAUCGUGUCAUACCAGUACUCAAGUACUAAGUGUGAGAAGGGUCCGGUGAGGGUUAGUUUCAUCCGGUCGUUAGGUUUGGGGGUUGUUGACCUUGCGUUCUUUUAUUUUCUUCUAUGUGAACCUUACUUGGGUUGCUGUGUUAUCAUAUCUUGA